UAUGAAAAUUGCUGUCCGGUCAAAUGUCGCCGUCGGCAAAAAAUCUGAAUCAACCAAUAAUAUCAUUAAAUUUACUAAUAAAAUUUUAAAACGUAAUGAGUCAAAUGUCGCCGUCGGCAGAUUUUGUCCGGUCAAAUGUUGCC